AUGCCUGAACUUGUCGGAAAGACUGUAGGUCCUGUUGGCUACGGCCUCAUGGGCCUGACAUGGCGGAAGAACCCACCACCAGCCGAACAGAGCUACGAAGCCAUGCGCACAGCACUCUCACUCGGCGCGAACAACUGGAACGGCGGCGAGCUCUACGGAUCGCCGGAGCGCAACUCUCUACACCUGCUCAACGAGUAUUUCACCAAGUACCCUGGCGACGCAGAGAAGGUCGUUUUGUCUAUCAAGGGUGGUCUCAAGAAGGGUGAGAUGGCGCCCGAUGGCAGUCGGGAGAACGUCAGGCGUAGCAUCGACGAGUGCUUGAAGGUGCUGGAUGGUAAGAAGAGCCUCGAUCUGUUCGAGUGCGCCAGAGUCGACCCCAAGACACCCAUCGCAGACACUGUCGGCUACAUCGCAGAGUAUGUCAAGGAAGGCAAGCUCGGCGGCAUCAGCUUGUCAGAGGUUGGCGCGCAGUCCAUCCGCAAGGCGCAUGCCGUGCACCCCAUCUCGGCCGUGGAGGUCGAGUUCUCGCUCUGGGCGACUGACAUUCUGGAGAAUGGUGUCGCGGCGACAUGCGCAGAGCUCGGUAUCCCUAUCGUCGCGUACUCUCCUCUUGGACGCGGGUUCCUGGUAAGCGCGACUCUUCUCAAUCAACGACCUACAGCUAAUGCAUUGCAGACUGGCAAGUACAAGAAGUACAGCGACAUCGAGCCCGACUCCAUGCUUCAGCAUAUGCCCAGGUUCCAGCCUGACGUAUUUGACGAGAACAUCAAGCUACUCCACGCUGUCGAGGACAUGGCGAAGGCCAAAGGAGCCACACCAGCUCAGAUUGCCAUCGGCUGGGUUCUCGCGCAGAGCGGUGCCAAGGGUAUGCCUACUAUCAUCCCAAUUCCUGGUGCCACGACAUCGGAGAGGAUCGAGGAGAAUAUGAAGCCGGCGAAGCUCAACGACGAGGACAUGAAGGCGCUGGACGAGAUGCUGAAGAAGUUCCCGCCGAUUGGAGGAAGGUACCACGAAUCGCAGUCGGCAUUGCUGUUCGCAUAG